AUGUCGACUUUAUAUCAGCCAAAACGGGGUGGUGUGAUUGAAGUUGUAUCGGAAGAAGCCGCUUCGGACUUAGUAGUCGAUGUAGCUAAAAAAUCUGAUUCAUUAGAAGAUGCCCAUCCGGAAGAAAAAUUCAUAAAUGAUUAUAUUAAACAAAAUUCUAGACGAGUUCAAAGUGCAACAUCGAGUAUACCUACUGCUUCAUCAUCACUAUCGUGUCAUGAAGAUCCAGCUGAACAACAAGAAGUAACAAAUAAUCAACGUCGUACAUCACGUCAUGCUAGUGCACGUCGUUUAUGGGAAAUAAAUGAAUGGAAUGAACAACAGAAACAAUUCAAACAAAAAUUUCAAACAACUGAAUCAAAUACUAAUUCUUCCUAUAAUGAAAUUAAAGCGACGACAAAAGAACUUCUUAAAAAUACUGAUAAAUUGAUAAAUCGAAAUGAUUUUGAAGCAAAUCGUCGUCGAGAAUUUAUCUAUAGAAAUUAUUAUCAUAAUGUACGUGAACCAGUUUUACAUGCAAAAGGCAAGCAGUGUGAACGUUUGGAAAAAACACGUACGAAUCGAAAUCGAUUCAAAACACAACAAUAUAAUCAAUUUCUUGAAUUUAUCAAUAAACAUCGAUUUAUUACUCGAGAUGAUUUUGAUACACGUGAAUAUGAUGCAUUGGCACGAUAUGAUGAUAAAGCCGAGGAGAUUCACACAAGAUUUUUAUCUGAUCCAACCCUUCUUUCCUAUCGCAAAUGGUUGAAUGAACGUCGUACACUCUCAUCCUUAGGAUGUAGACCACAAGCACAAAAAGCGGAUGAUCCUCGUCAUGUGAUUUCAGAUGAUUUUCGUUCUUUUCAUCGUACUACAACACCCUAUUGGGAUGGUCAUGAUUCACAAUCUGCACUUUCUUGGCAAACGCAUGAUCAAUCUGUAAUUGAUUCACAUGUUAGACGUUUAGCAAGUGCUAAAUGUUAUUAUAUUGUUCAACAAUCAGAAGAUUCAAUCACAUGUGAUCCAAUUGAUCGAUCUUUUUCCUAUUUACGUCACCGUUCUGCAUCAUCAUCGAAUAUUUCUACACGAAAUUGUGCACCAACACCUUCUUAG